AUGGCAAUGAUAACUUUGAUUCUGGUGAGCUUGGUCGGAGCUGCAUUUUGCACAAAAGGCGGCUAUGGCGGCGGUGGAUAUGGCAGUGGUGGUGGUGGUGGCGGAGGUGGGGGAGGUGGCAGAUCAGGCGGUGGUGACGGAGGCUUGACAUUACUAUUAGGAGGAGGUGGCUCCGGAGGAGGAGGGGGUGGCGGUGGAAAAGGAGGCUAUGGUUCUGGAUAUGGCGGAAGCAGCGGAUAUAGUGUUGGAUAUGGCGGCGGUGGAAAUGGUGCUGGAGGCAUUGGUGGGGGGCUCUUAUUAUUAGGAGGAGGAGCCGGAGGAGGCGGUGGAGGGGGAGGAGGAGGAAAAGGAGGUUAUGGAUACGGUGGUGAAAGCAGUGGAGGAUACAGUGCUGGGUAUGGAGGUGGUUGUGGUGGUGGCGGUUGUGGCGGAGGAUUUGGAUCAGGUCGUGGUGGCGGAGGAUUGGUAGUAGGACAACUUGUAUCUGUAAUUAGUACUGGUGGUGGUGGCGGAUCUGGUGGCGGUUCUGGAUAUGGUGGUUCCAGUGGUGGAUACGGAUAUGGUGGUUCCAGUGGUGGAUACGGAUAUGGUGGUUCAAGUGGUGGAUAUGGAUAUGGCGGUUCCAGUGGUGGAUAUGGUUAUGGUGGUUCCAGUGGUGGAUACGGAAAUGGUGGUUCCAGUGGACCUGCAGUUAUUGUUGUGUCAGGUGGAGGCUCCGGAGGAGGUUCCGGUGGAGGUUCCGGUUGGGCUUCCGGUGGAGGUUCCGGUUGGGCUUCCGGUGGAGGUUCCGGUGGGUCAGGUGGAAAAGGAUAUUCAUACUAA